CUCGCUAAGUGGAUCAGUCAACUUGAAAAUGCGAACAGUGUGCGUCUUGUUUCUAAUUUGUUGCCUUUGCUGGAUACCCAAAGGUCAAGCCGACGAAAAGAAGAUUGGCGCUGUAGGUCCGCCUCUGCAACAGAGAAGUCUUCGUCAUGUAAGCUCCUUUGCUAAUCCUGGCCAGCCGGGUAGACCUGGCACCGGAAUACCAGGGCGACCGGGCCAGGGAAUUCCUGGGCGACCUGGACGUCCAGGAGGAUCAGGUGGAGCUGGAGGAGCAGGAGGAGCGGGUGGAAGUGGAGGUGAUGGGGGAGCAGGAGGGGCAGGCGGGCGUGCAGGAGGAAGGGGAUACUGGAGGAAAGGUAUUUCAUUGGGCCAAAGGCGACCAGAGCCAAGGUCUAAAUAUUAUUGGUAUUGAAUCACAUUUUAAAGUGUAUAUGAACUAUUAUUUAAAAUAC